UCACCACUUCAUCACUUCCCCUUCCAAAUACAACCAUGGUCAGAGAAGAGGUUUUCAACGUCGAGGAUAACCCGUACAGUCGGGUUACUCCUGAGCACCUGCCCGAGUGUCUCAACUCCAAGACAAAGCAGCUUGAGCUAGCCAAGGCUAUGGCCAACGUCUUCAGCGAGCAGGGCGCCAAAGCUACAGAUGCCACCUUCUGCAGGCACCAGGGAGUUGACAGCAAGACUGUCUUUGUGUCUAUGAACGAGGGGUCCGACAUCGUCAUCCAGUUCCGCCUCCGCUCUCUCGACACCACCCCAUUUGAGCGCGCCAGAAGCUGCCCCGGGUUCGACCAAUACGUUCCCAACAUCCGGCUCGUAGCCGUCAUCACUGACCCCAGGGACUUGGCCAAGAAAUCCUGGAUCUACGCAUCAAACCGCAUUGUUGGCCAAACCUGGACCCAGGUUGUCCAGGAGCAGGGCGUUCAUAUCCUCCCCAAGCUCUGCAACUCGCUCGGCCGCGUGCUGGCCAAGGGAUACAUCCAAGACAAAAGCCACGAAGCCGUCGUCAGAAAAGUCCUCCCCUUUCUGAUUCCUUUCUUGUUCACCCUCGAGCCGGAAAUGAAGCCCUACAGAUCCCUGGCCAUGGAGAUAUUGCGUCACCAGGACAAGAUCAGCGAACUUCCUCUGUUCAUGGCCCAUGCCGACCUUUGGGCUGGUAACCUCAUCGUCGACCCCGAUACCCACGAGGUUAUGGGCAUCGUUGACUGGGAGGAUUCGUUCCCUCUGCCCUUUGGCAUCGGCCUACACCGCAUUCAGAUGGUCGCCGGCGAGGACUUCAACUCGAACUGGCAGAUCCCCAACAACUUUGAGGAGUCUGAGAGAGCAUUCUGGGCCGGAAUCAUGGAGGGAAGCCCCGAUCACCGCCAAAAUGAGUUUCAGGAGAAAGCCCACAUUAUCGACCUUGCUGUCAAGAUGGGCGCUCUGACGGCCGGGUUCGUCUACCAAUACGACGACAAGGGACACCUGACUCUCAAGCGCGAUAGUGAGACUGGCAGUCCUCUCGUCAACGGCACUCUGCCCUUCUUGUUGAGUUAUGAGAUUCCUUUUCGCCGCGGAAGCGAGAAGGGGCCGUAUCCCGAAGAGUUCGAGUGGCCAUUUGAGGGAGACGAACAGCGCCAGUACAAGUGGAUUUGCGAAUUGCACGAGGUAGGCCGUCCCCUUUCCGUCAAGCCUUCUGUGUAAGGCUAUGACACUUUCAACUUCUUGGGAGUCUGGAUCAGUCAUACUGCAUCAUCUGUGGGUAUGAAUCGCAGGAGUUGGGCGAGGCAGGCAAUCUGUUCGACUGGGGUAUCUCGGACAAGGUGUUAGGUGAGAUGGAUCUCGGAGCAUAUUGGGGUUUGCUAUUCCUGGCUUUCUAUCUCAUCGCAUGUAUUAUCUUUUGGCUUGGCUCUCCUCGCCCGGGACACAGUCGAUGUUGCAUUCAGACAUACCCGUCAUCCAGCAGACAUAUGGGACUCGAUGACUUAUCUAGGGCCCAGACUCGAGGAUUUGCUGGUCAAGCCUCUUCCCUUCGUGGUGCCCACUGUAUUUGCGCAGGCACUUGACUUCUCAGUUAUACUAAUGCAGUGUCUUAGCCCACCACCAUCUCCAAUUU